AUGGAACAAAGUGAAGGUGAACAGGAAUCCCAGGCAGAGAGUCACGUGGAGAGCAAGAGCAGCGUGAAAUCCUUGCCUGGAGGAACAGCCCAUGUCAAACUAGAGAUAAAAAAACAUGCAGUUACAGACGACUACAAACUCUCCAAACGCGUGCUAGGGUUAGGAAUCAAUGGCAAAGUACUGGAGUGUUUCAACAAGGAAACAGGCCAGAAAUGUGCUUUGAAGCUCCUGUAUGACAACCCCAAAGCCCGUCAGGAAGUCGAGUAUCACUGGCGAGCCUCAGGGUGCCCUUACAUUGUCCAUGUCCUGGAUGUGUAUGAGAAUAUCCAUCAUGGAAAGAGAUGCCUGCUCAUUGUCAUGGAAUGUAUGGAGGGAGGAGAGCUGUUUAGCAGGAUCCAGGAGAGAGGAGACCAAGCUUUCACUGAGAGAGAGGCCUCUGAAAUAAUGAGGGACAUUGGGACAGCCAUCCAGUACCUGCACUCCAUGAACAUUGCACACAGAGACGUCAAGCCUGAGAACCUGCUUUACACAUCUAAAGACAAAGAGACCGUGCUCAAACUCACAGACUUCGGCUUUGCCAAAGAAACCACUGUGAACGCUCUGCAGACCCCCUGUUACACUCCUUACUAUGUGGCCCCAGAAGUCCUUGGUCCUGAGAAGUAUGACAAAUCAUGUGACAUGUGGUCAUUGGGUGUCAUCACUUAUAUUCUUCUGUGUGGGUUCCCUCCAUUCUACUCAAACACCGGUCAAGCCAUUUCUCCUGGGAUGAAGAGAAGAAUUCGGAUGGGGCAAUAUGGAUUUCCCAAUCCAGAGUGGGCUGAAGUGUCAGAGGAAGCCAAACAACUCAUUCGCCAUUUACUGAAGACUGACCCAACAGAGAGGAUGACAAUCUCUCAGUUUAUGAAUCACCCUUGGAUUAAUAGAUCAAUGUCAGUGCCACCAACUCCUCUUCACACUGCACGGGUCCUGCAAGAGGAUAAAGACCACUGGGAUGAAGUUAAAGAGGAGAUGACCAGUGCUCUGGCUACCAUGAGGGUGGACUAUGAUCAGGUGAAAAUCAAAGACUUGAAGACGUCCAACAACCGCCUCCUGAACAAGCGCCGCAAGAAGCAGAAGCAGGCAGGAGCCUCCUCUGCAGCCCUGGGCUGCAACAACCAGUGAGGCCAGAAGCCAAGGACCUGUGGGUGGAGGGUAAAAGUUAAAGAGAGCAAUUUAAAAUCAAAUUAUCACCUCAGUCCACACCACAAAGGCAGUGAGACACUGACUAUGAUAUCCUGCUAAGAGGGAACAGUGUGGUAACGUGUUGAUAACUUGAAUCAGGGCUUUGCUUUUGAAGACUAAUGGAUCUGACAUGAUUCUGUUGUGUAUUGCCAGGGAAGGUACAGUAAUGCCAGAAAUGUUACAGGUUCUUAGUUUGGCUCUAACUGUGUUGGACAAGAGGAGAGAACAGGAGACAGUCUCAGCAUACUAAUGCACUGAAGCUUUAACAGCCAUCUACAAGAGUAACUUCUGCUGCUGUUUAAAACUAGGAAAUAGAAAAGUGCCAAGUGUUCUGCUAAGAGUAUUUUAGUAGUUCAGUAGAAUUGGUAAUAGUCUGUAUUUCCAAACUUACCUCCUAUAGUUACAGAAUAUCACCUAACCUGUAAACAGUUACUCUUGUUAAGCAUCCAUAAGCAUCCAUACAUUUCCAUUUCCAUAAAGUCUUUGUGUAGUCUCAUGCAAAGAUCUGAGUUUGUCGUGGAUUCCCAUUUGAUAACAUGUAAAUUUUCUGAGCUGUAGCCACUGUGUUGUA